GACCAAUCAGAUGAGAAAAACACAAGCCUUAAGUGACUGCGUUGCUGGGUAAGCGAAACAAAAACAACAGCGUUCGCGUCAGAGUUUAAAGCUUCAAGGUGCGAAACGUUAUCUUCGGUGAUUCUUGUUUUUGCACGGUUCCGCUGCAAAGGCUCUUUUCUACUGUAAACUAUGGCAGCUGACUGCGAGGCUUGGCUGAACGCAAACCCUGUUGAGGCCGGGGACCUCAGCGACUCCUUCAUUUCUGCCGAGGAAGACAAUGGGGGAUCCGGCGUCUCCAACAAGAACGCCAUUAACGAGAUCAACGGUAACUGGGUGUCUUCGUCCAGCAACAACAUCCACGAGGCUCGCCUGAAGGCAAAGGCCAAGCGGAGGCUGCGGAAAAACUCCUCCAGGGACUCGGGCAGGGGGGACUCCCUCAGUGACAACGGGGAAGUGGUGAGGGGAACCUCCAUGGCGCCGACGAGUCCCAAGAGCAAGCUGCUCGACCGAAAGUCCCGCAUGGGGAAGGGCAGAGGCCUGCCGAAAAAAGGUGGAGCAGGAGGAAAGGGCGUGUGGGGAAGAUCGGGUGAAGUCUACGAACCGGUGGAGGUGGACAAGAAAGACCCCAACUUUGACGAAGAUCAGGAAAACUGUGUGUACGAGACUGUGGUGCCUCCGCUGGAUGAGAGGGACUUUGAGAAGACGGUCACCCCCAUAGUUCAAGAGUACUUUGAACACGGAGAUACGAAUGAAGUAGCGGAACUGCUUGCGGACCUGAACCUGGGCCCCAUGCGCAGCGAGGUCCCGUCGCUCGCCGUGUCUCUGGCCCUGGAGGCCAAGGCCAGCCAGCGGGAGCUCACCUCCAGGCUGCUGGUGGACCUGUGCGGAAGCGUUCUCUCCCACAGCGACAUGGAGUCCUCUUUCGACAAGCUGCUCAGAGAUCUGCCGGAUCUGGUCCUGGACACACCUGGAGCGCCUCAAUUGGUCGGCCAGUUCAUCGCUCGGGCUGUUAGCGACCAGAUACUGUCCAAAAGCUACAUCGACGGCUACAAAGGCAAAGUUGACUGUGAACAUGCAAGAGCGGCGCUAGAUCGAGCAGCCGUGCUGCUGAAGAUGAGUAUGGGCGGCCUUCGCAUCGACAACCACUGGGGGACGGGCGGAGGCCAGCGACCCGUCAUACAACUCAUCAAAGAGAUGAACCUGCUGCUGAAGGAGUACAUCCUGUCUGGAGACGGCAAAGAGGCAGAGAGAUGCCUUCGAGACCUGGAGGUCCCGCAUUUCCACCACGAGUUUGUCUACGAGGCCAUCGUGAUGGUAUUGGAGUCCCGAGGGGAGAAAACAUUCAAAAUGGUGCUGCAGCUACUCAAGUCACUCUCUCUGUCUUCCAUCAUCACUGAGGACCAAAUGCGAAGGGGCUAUGAACGAGUUUACAUGGACAUUGAUGAGAUAAACAUCGAUGUUCCUCUUGCGUAUUUUAUCCUGGAGCAAUUUGUGGAGAAGAGCUUUCACAUGGGAGUCAUUGGUGUCAAAUUAAGAGAUCAGUGUCCGCACCGGAACCGAAAGAGGUUCGUCAGCGAGGGAGACAGCGGAGUUGUGAAAUUUGAACGUCCUCAACUGGGCAUCUGCUGUCCUUGCUCCUUCAUUGCCAGUUCCUGCUGCUUGACGGCCUCUUGAGCCUCCAUCUGCAUCUUCUCCAGUUUCUCCAGGGUGACUGAUUUGAGUGGGAGCAGCUUUGGCUUACACAGGACCAUGGUUGGGACAUCUUCCAUGUAGAGCUGUCCUGUAGAUGCAGCAAAAA